CCUGCUCUCUACGAACGCCAUGGUCGCAGUGACGACCCGAUAGACGGACGGGCAGAGGCCAGACUCGCCCGCGACCGCCGCGCAGCUCCAAGCGCCCACUCGCCGGCACUGCCUUUGCGCAACGGGCGGUUGCGUGGCGUCUUCGCUGCACGAGCUCGGGGCCUCUAAGCGCAACGUAUCCAGACACGCCCACCCUUCUCUCACCCCCAACGCAACCGUGGAACCGGUGCACACGCCCGGCACCAUGGCCGAAGACGAGCCCCUCGCAGUGAACCUCAAGAUCCUGUCGCCGUCGGCCGAAGUCGAGGGCGGCGUGCAGCUUACAGACAUCCCCGCGGCCACGACGAUUCGGGAGCUCCGCCAGAGGAUCCACGAUGCCGCACCGAGCCGGCCGGCGACUGAUCGCAUGCGUCUGAUCUACCGCGGACGCGUAGUAGCCAACGACAGCGACUCGCUGCUCACCGUCUUCGGCGCCGACAACAUACGCACUUCCAAAGACCAAAGCCUGCACCUGGUCCUGCGCGAGCUACCUUCUGCCGCCUCUGCGCCCUCGCCAGCGCCGCACUCAGCGAGCGCUCCCCCGAACCCACAGCAGCCUCCACCCCAGAGCCCUCUGCAGACGAACCCAUUUCGCAACCUGCCAGAACCUCGACCGAACUCGCAGCCGCAGCCGCAGCCACACCACCACCACCAUGCACACCACCAUCACCACCACCCGCCGCCCCUCGUCCCCCUGGGACCUCGCGCCGCCCCGCUUCCUCCACACCUCCAGUUUGCACAGCAAAUGAGGAACCCCCAGCCGCUGCAAUUUGGCCAGGCGCCUCUGCCUCCGCAAGUCCAGCAGCAGUUUGGCCAGCUCCGAAGUGCCCAAACACCGCCGCAGGCAGGGACACCGAUUCCGGAAGGAGGAGCCCAGGCACAGCAGGGCCAGCCGCAGCCAGCCAUGGGCUUGCCAAACCUCCCUACGGGCAACCACACACGAACCGUCCGCCAAGAGGGCAUUGGGCCGAAUGGGGAGCGGUGGACGGUGACUUGGAACAACACCACCAACCUUGCCUUCAACCCCAACCAGCAGCAACUCGUUCUUCCGCGCCCAUUCCCUCAUCCAGGCCCCGGUUUCGGUCUCCCGCCGCAACGAACACCUUCGCCGUCGCUUGGAAACGCGUCGGAUCAGAUGCUGCACCGUAUAAGGAGAACCAUGGAGUACGCACGGCAGGAGAUGGAAAACGUCAGAGUGCUCAUUCAGCCGCCCGGUGGUCAAGCUGCUUCGGUUCCAGAUGUACCUACAGAACUUUUUAUCCUGUCAAGUCCGCAAGGUCCAGUGGGAAUCCUGUUCGAUCAGCGAGGUACCUAUAGUACCGCUCCUCCCACAAUGUCUUUCCAGUCCUUUUCCCAGCAGUUCAAUGCCAACAGGCACCACCUGGCCAGCCUCGGACGCCAACUUGCUGUUCAGAACCAUCUGCCUAGAUUGCCCGCUCAUGUCCUCGCUCCGACUGGCACCCAAAUCGCUCAAGGCCAGCAGCCAGCUCAGAACGCCAAUCAAGCCCCGGGCCAAGUACAGAACCAGAACGCAAAUCCUGCUCAGCCUGCUGCAGGGGCACCCGCGCCAGGAGUCCAGGUCAACCGUGUAGACAACAUUGCGGGUCACCUGUGGCUGAUCUUCAAGCUGGCUAUAUUUGUCUACUUCUUCGCAGGCGGCGGGGGCUGGUACAGACCGCUUAUGAUCUGCCUCAUCGCGGGUGUCGUGUACAUUGCACAGGUCGGCAUAUUUGAAGAGCACUUUGCAGCCGUGCGCGGAUACCUCGAGACACUCCUCCCACCCGGAGCUCUGGGAUUUCCUGAACGUGUGGCUGCUCAACAAGGCCAGAACCGCCAGAAUGGCAACGCCCUGGGCCAGCAAGACCAGCGCGCGCAGCCAAAUCGCAACCCAACCCCCGAGCAAGCGGCACGCAGAUUGCAGCAGCAGCAUCAGGAUCAACGAUUUGGGUGGGUGCGGGACGCGGCAAGGGGUACAGAGCGCGGCUUCGCCAUGUUUGUUGCUAGUCUGUGGCCCGGCAUUGGCGAGCGCAUGGUGCAGGCACAGGAAGAGCGGGUGCGCGCGGAGCGAGAGGCGGAAGAAGCGCGCGUCGCCGAGGAAGCGGCAAGGCGGGAAGAAGAGCAGAAGAAGGAGCAGGAGGCAGAGGAGAGCAAGCACGGAGAAGCGAGUGGCAGUGCGAAGAGGGGUUAUGAUGAGACCGAGGGCAUAGCCGAGGGAACGGACAGCAAAGGCAAGGGCAAGAAGGCUCGCGUUGAUGAGGUCGAUGGAGAUGUAGACUAA